AUUCUAAUAAUGAAAAAGAUUUUGAAUAUCAUGAUAAUGAAACAGAUUUUGAAUAUCAUGAUAGUGAUAAGAAUGAAAACCUUAACCCAAACGGAUUGUUUGAAAAGGAAAAUAAAGGGAAAAUGAAGAGAAAGAUGUGUUUAUAA